CCCAUAACCGGCCUCCCCUGCACCCCCUCCCCUGCCCCCCAUAACCGGCCUCUCCUGUACCCCCUGUACCCCGGCCUCCCAGCCCAGCUGUUACCAGGUUUGUCUCCCCAGGUUUGGCCAUGGAUAACUCAGGGAAGGAGAAGGAGGCUCUGCAGCUCUUGGCUGAGGCUGACAAGAAGGUGAAAUCCUCCCAGUCUUUCUUCUCUGGGCUGUUUGGGUGAGUGAGUGUUUACAUUGCUAAUAUACUGACAGUAACAAUAUCUGUAAAUCCUGGAUUACAUGAUGCCCAGUCUCAAAUCCCUGCAAGUACAUCCUGAAAGGGAGGAAUAGGCCAGGGAAGGGAUUCAGGGAUAUUUUGUGGACUCCAUCUUGUUGAUAUAAUUGAUUUAUUUGAGUUGUUUCUGUCUUCUCAGGCCUAAUUGAAAGGAGUUUAAAUUAAUGAAUUCUACAAAUAUAGCUCCAUUGUUUAUCUUUUUAACCUUUUAUGUAAAUGAUAACUUGGUUAUCACUAAUGUUCUGCUUUGAUGCAUUGCCUCAUCCAUCACAGCGCAGUUAUCUUCUAUAGUGAGAAUUCAAAGGGAUUUUCAAAUUUAAGGCAAAAUUAAAGCACUGCUUACUGAGAUUAUUUCCAUUUUGAGCAAUUUUGAGCUUAAAUUUGAAAUUCACUUCACUACAUAAUCUUGUUAGUUUUAAAAGCUGGAUGAUUUCUCAAAAUUUUACAGAAAUUAUUUUAUUUAGUUGCCAGAUUACAUGUAGAGACAUUUCCACAGCUUAAAGGGACACUAUAGUCAUGAGAGCAACUGCAGAUUCUUUGUUCUGUUCAGUAGAAUCCUUCCCUUCAGGCUUUUUGCAGUAAACACUGACUUUUCAGAGAAAAUGCAGUGUUUACAUUACAGCCUAAGGAUACCUCCACUGGCCAUUCCUCAGAUGGCUGCUAGAGGUGCUUCUUGGGGCAGUGCUGCACAGUGUGACUGCCAUUCAGUGUCUCCACCCUCUGCUUGGAGACCCUGAACUUUCUUCAUAGAGAUGCAUUGAUUCAAUGUAUAUCUCUAAUGAGAUGAUGAGUUAUUUUUGACUUGUGCUGGCUCUGCUCCUGAUCUGCCUCCUUGGCAGUCUCAGCCAAUCCAAUGCUCUGUGAUUGGCUUUAUUCAUCACUUCUGAUGAUGUCUGCCAAGGAGGCAGAUCAGGGGCAGAGCCAGCAGCAGCAGAUUGCAAUAAAAAGUAAGAUGUUACUAUAUUUAGGAGGUAGGGAAUGGGCGGGAGGGGAGUCUAGAUAGAGCUGUUAACACUAUAGAGUAAGGGAUACAUGUUUGUGUUCCUGACCCUAUAGUGUUCCUUUAAAUAUAAUACAAAGAAGAGCAAGUGAUUAAAACAGCCCACUAUAAUUAUAAAAUAUGUGGGAAUUGUACCUUACCAUGCUGUGUACUUAAUGUGAACUGAUUUUGAUUGGCGUGUACUGGCUGUUGUGGUCAUAUAUGUGUGUUUAUUUUCUCUCCGCAUGAAAAACAAAAGAUUUAAAAAAAAGAGGAUUAUAGUUCUGUCGUCCUGAGACAGGCAUCCUUGUGGUGGUCAGCUUGAGAGCCGGGGGCCCCUUCUCAUGAAAUGAGCAUUUAAUAAAACAGGAAUAAAGGGGGGGGGGGGGAGCUCCUAAACACCCCUAAAGCACUUAUGCAUGAAAAUGGUGUAGGAGUCUGGAGUGUCUCUUAAUGUUUUUAGUUUUGGUAUUUUGAUCAUUUCUUCAAUUUUGUUUUUUUGUGGGGAUGCCUGUUCUCAUGUACUGGAAAAGUAGUUUCCUUAUAAACAAAGUGUUCUUAACACAUCCGGACCUUGUAGUGCCAUUUGUACUAAAAAUUAAUUCAUUAAAAACCCAAUGUGUUUAUGUACUGAGUAAUCUGUAAGUUUAUUUAAAGUAUAAGACUUCUAUACACACUGCAUUUUAUGUUCUUAAUGUGUAAAAAUUACUUUCCGUUUGUAAGUCUCUGCGUUUUAAAAAAAAAAUAAAAAAAAUUUGUAGUUAUCUUCCAUUUUGGCUCUUGUGGUGUCUGAUUUUUUUUAAUUUUAUUUUUCUCAAUUUUAUUUUAAAAUUCUCAGGGGAUCAUCGAAGGUGGAAGAGGCCUGCGAUCUCUACACCCGCGCUGCCAAUAUGUUUAAGAUGGUGAAGAACUGGAAUGGUAGGUGGCAUAUUACGUGCAGAGUCAAUGCUCAAUUCCCAGAGAAGAAUGUUAGAUUUAAAAAAAAAAAAUGUAUUUAUAUAUUUAUUAAUAAUAAAUAAGUUGUUAAAAUCUCCAGUCUCCACUAGCCAAUGGUGAGUGAUCAUUUUGCCCAGGCAAGUAGAAAUUCACCUGUGGUGAUUGUGUCAUGGACAUGUCACAAUUUUAUUUUAAAAAUCUACUUUUAUAGGAACUGGUUCAUAACAGGGAUUUUAGUUUAGAGGUUUUACAAUCACUGUGGAAAUCAAUGGCCUUUGUCCCUUAUUCGCUGUAGUUGUCUCGAUAAAAUGUCCCUUUUUGUUAGAUUUCUAGAAAAUGUCUAGUUGGACAGAUGUUUGAUCUGUUAAUACUGCCACUCCCCAGGAUUCGGCCUGCUCAGUAAUACCAUAUCCUCCUCUCCUUAGCGGCUGGCAGUGCCUUCUGUCAGGCGGCACAGCUCCAUCUACAGGUCCAAAGCAAGCAUGAUGCGGCUACCAACUUCGUGGACGCAGGAAACGCCUUCAAGAAAUCUGACCCCCAAGGUAGGUGAGAUUCUGGGUGACCUGGUUAUUUGAUGUUGUAUCGUCUAUAUCAGGUUCAGAAUUUCCACUCUCUGCUAGCUAUUGGCAAUUGAAUAUUGGUGAGUGUGCCAUGGACCAGCGAGGCUUGCACUGGCAAGUAACUGUUAGGCCUGGCUGGUAUCGUUGGUAUUGAAAGUUUUCUGCCUUACUCUGUUUGUUGAUAUUGUGUCCAGAAGAGGUAAAUUGUUGGCAAAUCUUCUCUUAACUUAUUCUUUGUUUCUGAUUCCUUCAGAGGCCAUUAACUGUCUGCUCCGAGCAAUUGAAAUCUAUACUGACAUGGUGAGUACUGUGAUAAAUUUUCUCCCUCCCCCCCCACUCUGCACAACCCUGCCUUGGCAAACCAACUGCCCAUUUAUGUCUCUAGGUCUAGGGUCUUUGCACGCUCUCCUCCACACUGUAGGGCCUUGAAUUUGCAACUCCCCACCCCUGGCCCCUUGUAAACUUUACCAGGCACUCAAACUUUAGCUCCCAGCCCCUGGUCACACCGUACACUUUACAAGGCCCUCAAUCCAUAUCUCUAUAUAGACAGUAUUUCACACCCUCCAUAAUAUGUUGCUGAACAUUAGCUCCCAUAAAGUCAUCUCCCGAAGCCCAAUGCUAGAUUCAGGGCGGUCUCUCGAAUCCAUGCAUUGCUUGCCUUGGUAGCUGAGAUGUUUGUAAACUACAUUUACUAUGGUACUCAACCAGUUAUCAUUGUGCCUAUCUUGCCAUUUCUAGAUCAUUCUAAGGGGGUCUUUCUCCCAGGGAGGUCUGCCCAGUUUACCUGUUCACUCUCCUCAUUGAUUACAAAGUGUAAUAUAUCAGAUUUAAUAAGGUGGCAGUGAUUAUUAGAGAAUUUAGUUGGGUUCUCUCAACUACACACUUACAUUUGUCCAAAACUGACAGACACUAGAGGUUCUUCCUCUUAAACCCUUCAAACAUUUCCACAUAAUCCUCAUGCUUUGUCUGCUCCAGGGAAGGUUUACAAUUGCAGCCAAACAUCACAUCACCAUCGCUGAAAUUUACGAAGCUGAGUUAGUGGAUAUAGAGAAGGUGAGUGGAUCUUUCUGAACUUACAUCGCUAUGGAGGCAUCAGGGGGUCUAUAUUAAUCCUGUAAUGGAGCUUUGCUGAAUUCUCAUACAGUCCUGCUGUCUCCCUCCAGGCAAUCGCUCACUAUGAACAAGCAGCAGAUUACUACAAAGGGGAGGAAUCGAAUAGGUAACGCUCUCUCAUUCCUUGGAAUGCUUUAAAAUGAAUGUAAACAGUUUUGCAUAUUUUCUUUUGAGGUAUAUGGAAUUUUGGCUUGCAAUAACUGUAGCUCCUGCAAGUCAGUCGGUGUAGUUUAAUAUAAAAAAGUGACUCACACAACACAAAAACAAAAGUUUUAGAUUUUAGAAAAACAGACUUUUUUAAAAUUAGAAAAUGCAUAAAGGAGUGAUUAUCAGAUUGGAGAAGUUUAAAUGGAGUCUAAGAGAAAUGGGAUUAUUUAAAAGUUGCACUCCUGAAGGCAACCGAAAAUUCCAUUAGGUUUGUCAGUAAGAGCAAAAAAGAUUAGAAACCACAGUGGUACUCUGCAGAAGUGUCCAAUAUAGUAAAAAUAAAAAAGUUAACAUUUAGUAGUUAAAGAAAAAAAAAAAAAGAUUGAGGAAGAUAGACAGAUCUAAAAGAUUAGGCAGAAAGUGGCAAAUCAAGUUAUAAGAGCUUCCAAAUCACACACAGAAGAGAAAAUAGCACAGUCAGUAAAAACAAAAAAGGGACAAAACAUUUUUUUUUUUUUUUAGAUACAUAAAUGAGAAAAGGAAAGUAAAACAAGGAUUAGUUAGAUUAAAAACAAAAGAAAGAAGUUUCGUCAAUGGAAUUUUUUUUACAGAUGGAAAUGAAGGUUAAAAAAAGACUUAAUCAUUUGUUACAUGUGAGUUUACAGAGCUUUCUAAAGUUAAGACAAAUAAGUCGAUGGGGCCUAAUGGGAUACACCCAAGGUUAUUAAAGAAACUUAGUGGUGUACUAGCAAAGUAGUCCCAGAAGAUUGGAAAUUAGCAAAAGUUGUGCCAACUCACAAGAAAGGUAGUAGGGAGGAGUCGGGCAACUAUCUGCCAGUAAGAAUAAAUAAAAUCCAAGCACAGCAUGAAAUUAUUCACAAAACAAGAUGUAAAGAAAAAUCACUGCUAUAUUUUGUAUGUAUAAACUAUAGGCCAGUAAGCCUUACUUCAGUAGUGGGGAAAGUGAUGGAAACCAUGUUAAAGGAUAGGAUUGAUGAACAUCUAAAAACACAUGGAUUUCAAGAUCAGAGACAACAUGGGUUUACUUCAGGGAGAUCAUGCCAAACUAAUCUUAUUGAUUUUUUUGAUUGGGUAACUAAAAUUAUAGAUCAGGGUUGUGCAGUAGACAUUGCUUACCUAGAGUUCAGUAAGGCUUUUGACACUGUUGCACAUAGAAGGCUUAUCAAUAAACUGCAAUCUUUAAGUUUGGAUUCAAAUAUUGUUGAAUGGGUAAGGCAGUGGCUGAGUGACAGGCAACAGAGGGUUGUAGUCAAUGGGAUAUAUUCGAAGCUUGGGCUUGUCACCAGUGGGGUACAUCAGGGAUCUGUACUUGGACCCAUUCUCUUUAAUAUUUUUAUUAGUGAUAUUGCAGAAGGUCUUGAUGGUAAGGUAUGUCUUUUUGCUGAUGAUACUAAGAUAUGUAACAGGGUUGAUGUUCCAGGAGGGAUAAGCCAAAUGGCAAAUGAUUUAGGUAAACUAGAAAAAUGGUCAGAUUUGUGGCAACUGACAUUUAAUGUGGAUAAGUGCAAGAUAAUGCAUCUUGGACGUAAAAAUCCAAGGGCAGAGUACAGAAUAUUUGAUGGAGUCCUAACCUCAGCAUCUGAGGAAAGGGAUUUAGGGGUGAUUAUUUCUGAUGACUUAAAAGGUAGGCAGACAAUGUAAUAGAGCAGCAGGAAAUGCUAGCAGAAUGCUUGGUUGUAUAGGGAGAGGUAUUAGCAGUAGAAAGAGGGAAGUGCUCAUGCCAUUGUACAGAACACUGGUGAGACCUCACUUGGAGUAUUGUACGCAGUACUGGAGACCAUAUUUUCAGAAGGAUAUUGAUACUUCAGAGAACGGCUACUACACUGGUUCCUGGAUUGCAGAAUUAAACGUACCAGGAAAGGUUUAAGGAACUUAACAUGUAUAGCUUGGAGGUUAACACAGUGAAGGAGUUUAAGCAUGCAUGGGAUAGGCAUAAGGCUAUCCUAGCUAUAAGAUAAGGCCAGGGAUUAUUGAAAGUAUUUAGAAAAUUGGACAGAAUGGUUCUUAUUCUGUUUCUAUGUAAGCCCUCCUUUUAUUCCCUCACCAGUGCCAAUAACCAAUGAGAGGUUUCUCAUUGGGAAGCCUUGUAGUCCAACUAUGCAUGUGGUCCAACUAUGCUUUUGAGUUAAGCUUCACAGAGCUAACAAAGCAGAAAGUAUCCCACUAGCCCAGGACAGGUCAAUAAGAGAGCUAGGCCUGAGAGCUGCAAGUGUCUUUAUAAAGGCAGGAUCUGUUCACACUGCAGGCAUAGGUGUGUAUACCUGCCUGGAAGGAGAGCUGCAGCCUGCUCGGGAGACCCCAGUCAAUCUUCAGCUCCUGGGCUGAAACGUUCCAGGGUACCCGUAAGCAGACUUGGCGGAGGUAGUAUGGGAGGUCCGUCACAGUCUGAAUGACAGCCAGGAGGUACAACAAAGUCAAAUUAUAAAAGUCCCCCGCUCCUACAUAGUAUGUUAAAUACAAUACUUUCUAAGGUUAUUUGUUUUCUGUUAUUGUUCUUCUUUAACCAUAAAAAAACUAAACUCUGGCGGAUUGCGACCAAGUCGAUCACCACAACAUGAAGAAAAGCCUUAACAAAAUAACUCUCUACUUUUUUUUUUUUUUCUUUCUAUAAUACAUAGUCGACACGUACUAUAAUAUGGCUUUUACACAAGCCUAACAAUUUUACUUUACCAUGCAAUCUGCCAUUGCAAAAAUAAAGAAUUGUAUUUUAUUUUUUGUUUUAAAUUAUAAAAGUCCUAACUUCUGUUGAAAUGUUAAUUUUUCUAAAAAGAAGCAAAGCGGGCACAAGCUGAAGUGCUUAGUCUGUUUGGAGUGUAUCUGGUACCCUUCUAUCCUAUAUAGCUAAGUAGGUGAAGUCUGUGUGUAUAUAUAGAAGGCUAGGAGAGAAGGGGUUAAUAAGAGCUUUAACCCCUUAAGGACACAUGACAUGUGCAACAUGUCAUGAUUCCCUUUUAUUCCAGAAGUUUGGUUCUUAAGGUGUUAAGAUACUGCUAAUCAAUCUCCACAUUCACUGAGUUUCUUUCUCCGAUAGUUCUGCCAAUAAAUGUUUGCUGAAAGUGGCUACAUAUGCAGCUCAGCUGGAGCAGUAUCAGAAAGCUGUGGAAAUCUACGAACAGGUGGGUCUGUCUGUCUGCUAGGAUUCCAUUUGGGGAUCUUUAGAGAUAUGCCGUCUUUUAAUCUUGCCUGACUCUCCCAUGGCUCGCCUCCUUUCAGGUGGGAACCAACGCCAUGGACAGCCCGUUGCUGAAAUACAGUGCCAAGGAUUACUUCUUCAAAGCCGCGCUCUGCCAUUUCUGCAUUGAUAUGCUGAAUGCCAAGGUAAGGAGCUGGUGAUGGCCUCUUUCUUCAUAUUCCUUGUGGAUAUCCUGGUUACAGAAUGUUCUAUCUUUACAGCUGGCGGUCCAGAAAUAUGAGGAGAUGUUCCCAGCUUUCUCUGACUCCAGAGAGUGCAAACUGCUCAAGGUAAAGAAAUCCCGGAGUUCUCCAACACACGCACAGUCACUUCUCAUUUUAUAGAACAGGAAGUUCUUUACAUUUCAGUUUGAGGCUUUCUCAUUAAAAGGGAUAUAUUGCCUAUUUGGUUUUAAAUUCAACAAGUUAGAUAAUUCUCAAAAUGGCCCAAGUAUUCCAAAUUUUAGUGUAAAUUUUGCAAGUAGGUGUUCUGCAGAGAACCAGUUCGGCUAGAUUUUGGAUGGCAUCAAUAUAUAAUAAAAUUGACCGUCUUUACAUUUGGUGUCCAACAUGACGCCGAAUGCUCUUAAUGGUUCAGUGAGAAUGAAUGGGUUGGGGAGCGUUGUAGUUGUCCAAAGCUUUUCAUCCGACCAAAGUCGUCAUCACUGGAAGGGGAGUGGCUGCACAGAGGAGGCUAUACCAGCGCUGGGUUACAGUGACGUUUCAUUGCUUUAAAAAAAAAAAAAAAAAAAAGUUUAUUAAUCUGGGGGCCGUUUGGUUGCACCUAAAUACGAAAAGAAGCACUUAAUGUUAAAAAUCAAUCAUUAUAGGACUAUCUCUGUGGUCAGUGCAGUGAUACAAGGAGAGAUAGUCUGUGACUGAUAUUCAUACAGGUGAUACUUGAAAAAUGUGAAUAUCGUGCAAAAGUUCAUUUAUUUGAGUAAUGCAACGUAAAAGAGGAAACUAAUAUAUGAAAUAGACGCAUAACAUGCAAAGCAAGAUCGUUCAAGCCGUGAUUUGUCAUAAGUGCGAUGAUUAUGGCUUACAGCUCAUGAAAACCCCAAAUCCACAAUUUCAGUAAAUUACAAUAUUACAUGCAAUCAAUAAAACAAGGAGUGUACAUAGAACAAUAUCGGACCUCUGAAAAGUAUAAGCAUGCAUAUGGACUCAGUACUUGGUUUGGGCCCCUUUUUGCAGCAAUUACUGCUUCAAUAGCAGCCUUCAGCUCUUCUGCAUUGUUCGGUCUCAUGCCUCUCAUCUUUCUCUUGGCAAUGCCUCAUAGAUUCUCUAUGGGGUUCAGGUCAGGCGAGUUUGCUGGCCAAUCAAGCACAGUAAUCUCAGGGUCAUUGAACCAGGCUUUGGUGCUUUUGGCAGUGUGGACAGGUGCCAAGUCCUGCUGGAAAAGGAAGUCAGCAUUCCCAUAAAGCUAGUCUGCGGAAGGAAGCAUGAAGUGCUCCAAAAUCUCCUGGUAGACAGCUGUGUUGACCCUGGACUUAAUGAAGCACAGUGGACCAACACCAACAGAUGACAUGGCUCCCCAAAUCAACACAGACUGUGGAAACUUCACACUGGACUUCAAGCAUCUUGCAGUGUGUGCCUCUCCAUUCUUCCUCCAGACUCCUGGGUCCUUGGUUUCCAAAUGAGACGCAAAAAUUGCUCUCAUCGGAAAGGAGGACUUUGGACCACUGAGCAACAGACCAGGUCUGUUUUUCUUUAGCCCAAGUAAGACGCUUCUGACGUUGUUUGUUGUUCAGGAGCGGCUUGACAAGAUGAAUACGACAUCUGAAGCCCAUGUCCAGGAUCCGUCUGUGUGUGGUGGCUCUUGAUGCACUGACUCCAGCCUCAGUCCACUCCUUGUGAAAUUCCCCAACACUUUUGAACAUUAUUCCUGACAAUCCUUUCCAGGCUGUGGUCAUCCCUACUGCUUGUGCACCUUUUUCUUCCACACCUUUCCCUUCCACAUAACCUUCUAUUAAUGUGCUUUGAUACAGCACUUUGGGAACAUCCAACUUCCUUCACAAUUACCCUUUGAGGCUUUCCCUCCUUAUGGAGGGUGUCAAUUAUGGUUUUCUGCACAACUGUCAGGUCAGCAGUCUUCCCCAUGAUUGUGAUUACUACUGAACCAGACUGAGAGACCAUUUAAAGGCACAGAAACCCUUUGCAGCUGUUAUGGCUUGCUUGGCUGAUUAGAGUGGGACACUGUGAGCCUAGAAUAUUGCACCUUUUCACAAUAUUUUAAUUUACUGAGAUUGUGGAUUUGGGGUUUUCAUGAGCUGUAAGCCAUAAUCACUUAUGACAAAUCACGGCUUGAACUAUCUUGCUUUGCAUGUAAUGCGUCUAUCUCAUAUAUUAGUUUCCCCUUUUACGUUGCAUUACUCAAAUAAAUGAACUUUUGCACAAUAUUCAAAUUUAGAGUAUCACCUGUAUAACGAAGCAGAAUGUGUGGAUAGUUAAGACAGUUCCUGCCCUGAACUGAUGUGCGUAUCUCUCAGGUGACUUGUGUUUUAAUGUGUUUUGUUUUUUCCACUUGGCAGAAACUGUUGGACGCACAUGAGGAACAGAACAUGGAUAAUUACACAGAUGCGGUAGGUUGAUUUUUCUAAAAAAAAAAAAAAAAACUUCGAUUGCGGCCCCAGGGAGAGGAACUAAUAUAUAAAACCUGUGUACGUGUAAUUCGUAGCUUCCUUUGUCCACAGAGAUCGGUAGUGAGUGAUUUCAGGAGAUGGUAACACAGAGGUAAAAAGCUGGUGUUACAUUCUGGUUAGGUGGGGACAGUACAAAGAAUACAUUUUUACAGCAAAUGUUUAUUUUCAGACUGUUUAUUGUGUUCUUGUCAUGACAAACCAGAUCUGGUUUUUUUUUUUUUGUUUUUUUUUCUGUUUCCUGUCAGCACUUUAUCAUACAGAUAGCACUAGAAUGUAACAGUUGUAUUAUCAGCUCACUCAGUCUGUUGUUCUCUUACAGCAAUUGUCACUGUGUAAUAAUGGUUUAAUAGUGUUAUGACUGAUCGGUGUCCCGGCACGCACUAAUCAAUGCAGUUCUCCCAUGCUGUAUAUGCAACUAUGCUGUGCCUGCUGUCUGUAUACACAGCUGUCCUGCGCUGAGCCUGCUGUCUGUGUAUAUGCAGCAGUCCUGCGCUGUGUCUGCUGUCUGUGUAUACGCAGCAGUCCUGCGCUGUGCCUGCUGUCAGUGUAUACACAGCAGUCCUGCGUUGUGCCUGCUGUCUGUGUAUACGCAGUAGUCCUGUGUUGUGCCUGCUGUCUGUGUAUACGCAGCAGUCCUGCGUUGUGCCUGCUGUCUGUGUAUACGCAGGUCUCUUGCGCUGUGCCUGCUUUCUGUGUAUACGCAGCUCUCCAGCACUGUGCCUGCUUUCUGUGUACGCAGCUCUCCAGCGCUGUGCCUGCUUUCUGUGUGUACGCAGCUCUCCUGCGCUGUGCCUGCUUUCUGUGUACGCAGCUCUCCUGCGCUGUGCCUGCUUUCUGUGUGUACGCAGCUCUCCUGCGCUGUGCCUGCUUUCUGUGUGUACGCAGCUCUCCUGCGCUGUGCCUGCUUUCUUUGUGUAUGCAGCUCUCCUGCGCUGUGCCUGCUUUCUGUGUGUACGCAGCUCUCCUGCGCUGUGCCUGCUUUCUGUGUGUACGCAGCUCUCCUGCGCUGUGCCUGCUUUCUGUGUGUACGCAGCUCACCUGCGCUGUGCCUGCUGUCUGUGUGUACGCAGCUGACCUGCGCUGUGCUUGCUGUCUGUGUGUACGAAGCUUUCCUGCGCUGUGCUUGCUGUCUGUGUGUACGAAGCUGACCUUCGUUGUGCCUGCUGUCUGUGUAUACGCAGCUGUCCUGUCCUGAGCUGUACCAAGACUGCUGUCUGUGUGCUGAAUCAGGCUUUGUGCAGAGAUUGGUUGAGUCAUUGAUGGAACAUUUGCACGGCUGCUUCUCUUUCCAGGGGACCAUGGAGAGGGGGCGGGGGGGAUGUGUGUGUGACUUCUGUGUGUAGAAGUAGGACUGCAAUUCCCUGUGACAUGUAUGAGUCCAGGUCUUUCCUAUAGCUGUGGGAAUGUUACAGAUGCUUCCAUUUUCUUUGAACUGGCCUUAUGCUUAGAUGGCCUGUGGGGAUAUUUAUGGGAUGAUAAUAGUAACAGUGAGAAUUGCCCACUAAUUAAAUUCUCAGAUCCCAAAGAACGUUUAUCGUGUUAAGUGGAAUGUAUUUCAUAUAAAUAAUCACAAUGUAUAAAAAUAGAUUUUUAUUUAUAUGACAAAUUAAUUAAUAAUAAUAUAUGUAACAUGCAUGACAAUAAUCAAUGAAUAUUCAGUAUAAAAUGAUAUGCAAUACAAAGAAAUGGGUAUUACGUUUCAAUGGCUAAACGGCAUUUUCUGUCAAGAAUUCUGACGAUUUAUGAGGUAUCCUUAACACAGACUUAAGUGAAACUUUUCACAGCGAAGAACAGAAUUCCUCAGAGUGCAGCGUAAGGUCGUAAAGUUUAGCAGACAGUUAGAAUAACCCUUUCAAUGCUGGCUAGAUCUCCUAGAUAGUUAAGAUCUAUUCCUAUGUAAUUUUUAAAUAAAAUAACAUUUAAACCAGUUCACUAGUCAUUUCCUGAAAACCAUCCAAUAAGAGAAUCUAACAUAUUAUAUAAGCAGAUUUUUAAUUUGUCUAAAAGAUAUCCAUCUUAAUUUAGAGCAAAUCAAUACACCUGGAUAAAAACAGCGGUAUGCUAACACGUGAUAAUAUCACAUCAAUAUAUAAUUAUUCUUAAUUCCACCUGCAGAAUGGAAUGUUUAUAACUAUAUAUUCUUAGUUAACUAAGAUUUCUUAAUAUGGAAAUCUGACCGUGCUUUAUCCAGUCAUAUAUAAUGCUAUUAAUACAUUUUAAUUAAUUUAAUUUAAUGAAACCAGUAUAAUUACCAGUUGAGUAGAUAUUUCAUCCGAUUGGUAGUCUCAGGAACUUAUUUGGAUGUCUCUCUCUGCAUGGAGGUUGGAGUCCCCAAACUUCCAAUUCCUCUCUCCUCUCCUUUGCAUCUCUUGCAUCUGCCUCUCUAUCUCUAUCUUCCCUUUGUCUUAACUUUUAAAGGGCCAGACUCUCUGUACGUCAUCAGUUGAUAACCCAAUAGAAGCACUAGAGGUGUGGUUAUCUUCCAGAUCGCAAAUUAGUUAUUUGGUCUGUAGAGGGCAGUCUUGUCCCACUAAACAUACCUAUCCAGGAAAGAGUUAACUUUUCCUGGUGGCUAUUUUGACGUCAUUUUGGCCUAUCUAGAUAGUGGCUAUAACUUACGUAUCCUUCAAAGAUCAAAGGGGUUCUUAAAUUUUGUCCAGACUAUGUGUCUGCAAAUCUGCUAUAAUUUCUGAUAUGACAGAUCAUGAACUAAGUUUACCCCUUUUCCAUACAAUGGUACCUUAUAUGUAUAUAGACAGUUAAAUUUUAUUAUUUAAUCUUCUCUGUCACAAUUGUCUGGGUUUAGAUUUGAUUAUAUUCUUCUUAUCACUUGUUUAUACUAUGCUAUACAUUCCUUAGCUCUGGCAAAGAGGCCAGUCUUACAGAAAGAAAUCUAGUGUCUUCUUUGUUAAUUUGGAAUAACAAAAUGGAGUCUGGUCUGUUCAGAGUGACUCAGAAUGUACACUUUUAGUUUCUAUCAUAGCACAAAAUGUCUGCCGAUAUAAAUACUCUGACAGGCCCCACUGUAAUGUGUUAAUCUCUAUCCCUGUGUGUUCUCCAGGUUAAGGAGUUUGAUUCUAUCUCACGCUUGGACCAGUGGUUGACCACCAUGCUACUUCGUAUCAAGAAGACAAUCCAAGGCGAAGAAGAAGACUUGCGCUAAAGCCUUGGACCCUGUGAACUCCCCACCUCCCCAGAAUAUCGAGCCCAUGGUAGAAAUAGUGGAUGGGGAGUGAAAGCUAAAACUCGUAUUUAUUUUAUCUCAGCCCAAUUCUAGGACAUAAUACCUCCCCUAUCUCUGUGCAUAUGUGGUGCUUGAUAAUGUCCCGUAUAUUUCAAUCCAAUGAAGUAUCACAAGGCAAGUUGCUGUGGGGAUUUUAGAUUAACCCCUGAAAUGCCCGAGAAAAUUGUAAUCUAUUUCUAAGUCGAACGUUAUAGUUAACUCUGGCACUGUUAGGGUUAAACACAUUAUUUGGAGUCUACUCCUGCAUUAUCGCAUGUGCUUAACCUGCGGUUCCCUGGGGUUUGGCGUGGUGUAAUCCUGUCUGGUGCAGGAGCUGAGCCCCGUGUAUAAGCCGUUGCAUGGAUUCAGGGAGAGUGGGCAGGGUGGGGGUGGGAUGUGUUGACCCCUAUAAUAGAGUUAAAUUGUACUAAUUAUGCUAAUUAAUUUCCUUUUUGAAACCUUUUAAUUUCCAGAGGGAAAGUUCACACAUACCUAUGACAUUAAAAGGGUUAUAAAUUGACUUAACCAGAGCUUGACCAAAUGGAAGUACAUUGCGGACACAGAAAACUUGUGUCUACAGCUGCAAAGUUCUGCGAUCUAUCAAUUCAUGACACUAGAAAGCAAUGUGUUUCAGUUAAACCCCAGAACAAUCAGUAGGGAUCUCAUGUUUUACUACAGAACGAUAAAUUCAUUGCUCUUUAUUUAUCUUGGGAUCAUAGACACAGUGGCUUUUAAGCCAGUGCACCGAUGCUUUGCUUGUAUCCCCCUCUAUACCGCAGACCACCAGAGGCAAACCCAGCAGUGGCUUCCUCUGCCACAGUUUAGGGCGCAGGUAUUGUGGGAAGCCUCCGUUUUUUUCGUGUUCGACCAUUAGCUACCGUACUGCUACCUGUGCAGUGAUAAUGUUGCUUUGUCUUGUGUGGGCCGUAUUUAUAAGUUAUCCCAGCUGUUAUCUGUUAUAAAGUCUCCUGUCUUGUACGCCAUUUCCUAAAUGCGGCCUCAUUUAAUAAAGUGAAUGGGAUUUAAACA